GAGGUUUUGAAGGGAAAUUAGGGUUUUACAAUCGUGAAUAAGAAUAGGUGAGCUUUGUCAAUUGAUCUGUAUUUGAAUUUUCUUCGUAAAAUGUUCAAUUUCAUGGCGAAAAUGCUUCCUCAUCUGAGGUAUUCAGUGAAUAGAUAUUCCCCGACUCAGAGCUUCUACUUUCUUCACUUCGCCCCACUUUCCUCAUCAUCAAAAGCAGUAAAAUCCAACUCAGGAAAUGCAAAGAACGGCUACUCAUUCACAGUUUCUUAUCUCAUAACCAAAUGUAGUUUUACCCCAGAGAGGGCUCUGUCAGCUUCCAAGUAUAUGAAGAUUGAAGAGGCUGGUAAACCAGAUGCUGUGCUUUUGUUCUUGAAAAAUCAAGGUUUUACAAAAUCCCAGAUCUCAAAUAUUGUCAAGAGGGUCCCUCCUGUCCUCCUAUGUGAUCCUCAGAAGACCCUUUUGCCCAAGAUUAAAUUUUUGAAGUCCUCUGGUUUCACACUGAAACAGUUGACCGCAAUUCUAAAUGCCUCACCUAGCACUUUCAGAAGAAGUUUGAAGAAUCAACUGGUACCUACUUUCAAUUUCCUGAAUGAUUUUAUUGGUUCAACAGAGAAAAUUGUAUAUGUUGCCAGGAGGUGUCCUCACAUUUUUGGUGUUGAUGUUGAAGCAUCUAUGAGGCCAAAUAUUCAGCUUUUGAAAGAUGUAGGAGUGCCCGAGUCGAAAAUUAUACAAUUCUUGAUAUAUCAGCCCAGGGCAUUUGUUAUAGAUAAGCAAAGGUUUAGGGGUAUUGUGGAGGAAGUGAAGGGAAUGGGGUUUAACCCUUUGAGAUUCAAGUUUCUUCUAGCAGUUCAAGCCUUCAGGGCAAUGAACAAAGAGACUUGGGAAAAGAAGAUGGAGACUUAUAAGAAGUGUGGAUUUUCUAAGGCUGAGAUAUUCAAAGCUUUUGAGAAGAACCCUUGCUGUAUAAUGGUUUCUACAGGAAAGAUUCUUGCAAUGAUGGAUCUUCUUUUCAACAAAAUGGGUUUUGAAAGAUCUGUGUUCCUGAAUAGGCCAGUGAUCAUUUCACUUAGCUUGGAGAAAAGGGUUAUUCCUAGAUGCUUGGUUUAUCAAGAUUUGCUAGCAAAAGGUUUGAUCAAUCAGGGUUUCAGGGUUGUUAAUAUGCUCGAGGCUUCUGAAACAAAGUUUCUGGAGAAAUAUAUAGCGUGUUAUGAAAAAGAAGCUCCUCAUCUAUUGAAGUUGUAUACAGAAAAAUUGGCUCUUCUCCAUUCAUUGCACUAUUGGCUUAUGGGUCUCAAUUUUGAUAGAAUUCAGAUUGAAACAGAUGCUCUACUGAUCUUUCAAGCUUUGUCAAUUGAUCUGCAUUUGAAUUUUCUUCUGAAAAUGUUCAAUUUCAUGGAAAAAAUGCUUCCUCAUCUGAGGUAUUCAGUGAAUAGAUAUUCCCCGACUCAGAGCUUCUACUUUCUUCACUUCGCCCCACUUUCCUCAUCAUCAAAAGCAGUAAAAUCCAACUCAGAAAAUGCAAAGAAUGGCGACUCAUUCACAGUUUCUUAUCUCAUAAACAAAUGUAGUUUUGCCCCAGAGAGGGCUCUGUCAGCUUCCAAGUAUAUGAAGAUUGAAGAGGCUGGUAAACCAGAUGCUGUGCUUUUGUUCUUGAAAAAUCAAGGUUUUACAAAAUCCCAGAUCUCAAAUAUUGUCAAGAGGGUCCCUCCUGUCCUCCUAUGUGAUCCCCAGAAGACCCUUUUGCCCAAGAUUGAAUUUUUGAAGUCCUCUGGUUUCACACUGGAACAGUUGACUGCAAUUCUAAAUGCCUCACCUAGCACUUUCAGAAGAAGUUUGAAGAAUCAAGUGGUACCUACUUUUAAUUUCCUGAAUAAUUUUAUUGGCUCAACAGAGAAAAUUGUAUAUGUUGCCAGGAGGUAUACUCACAUUUUUGGUGUUGAUGUUGAAGCAUCUAUGGAGCCAAAUAUUCAGCUUUUGAAAGAUGUAGGAGUGCCCGACUCGAAAAUUAUACAAUUCUUGAUAAAUCAGCCCAGGGCAUUUGUUAUUGAUAAGGAAAGGUUUAGGGAUAUUGUGGAGGAAGUUGAGGGAAUGGGGUUUAACCCUUUGAGAUUCAAGUUUCUUGUAGCAGUUAAUGCCUUCAGGGCAAUGAGCAAAGAGACUUGGGAGAAGAAGAUUGAGGCUUAUAAGAAGUGUGGAUUUUCUGAAGCUGAGAUACUCAAAGCUUUUAAGGAUAAUCCUCGGUGUAUAUUGGUUUCUACGCGAAAGAUUCUUGCAGUGAUGGAUUUUCUUUUCAACAAAAUGGGUUUUAAAAGAUCUGUGUUCCUGAAUAGGCCAGUGAUCAUUUCACUUAGCUUGGAGAAAAGGGUUAUUCCUAGAUGCUUGGUUUAUCAAGAUCUGCUAGCAAAAGGUUUGAUCAAUGAGCGUUUGAGGCUAGUUAGUAUGCUCGAGGCUUCUGAAAAGAAGUUUCUGGAGAAAUAUAUAGCACGUCAUGGAAAAGAAGCUCCUCAUCUAUUGAAGUUGUAUACAGAAAAAUUAGCUCUUCUCCAUUGAUCCUUACCUGCAUAUGAAGAGAGAGCCCCCUCCCCCCCUUGCCAGAAUAUUGGUUGUGAAUGGUGAAUGAUUGACAUUUAGGUUUUCACACACCCAAGAUGUAACUGAAGUGACUCAAUUUAAUUAAAUGGCUGCUUUCUCGCCAACAAUUCAUUACAUGUGUUUAAAUCAAUUGCCUCCAAAGGUUGGUUUUCCUCUCAGUUUAUAGUAAUAUCAGAAUUUGUGCUGUUCUAGUGAGAUCUUGCCUUUUUAUCAAUUUGAACCCAUUUCAUGUGAUCUAAUUGCACUUCUACUCCAUAUUUAAUACCACCGGGAUUCAUAAUGGUCGACAAGUUGGAUGCAGGGUAGCAGCGGGGGCUCGGAGGUGGUUGCACUGCUUGCUAUUAUAGGUGGUUUCUUAAGCAUGCUUAUGUGAUAUUUGUUUGCACUAGCACUACAUGCAUGGGAUUUGUAGAAUUUCUGCCUAGUUCUUUUAUGUGCCUGUUUGGUUGGAGAUAUUAUUAUGCAUCAUGAUUAUUGUUUAUGAUCAUGGGUUGUGAAUAAUUCAUAAUUCAUAAUCUACCCCAACUUAUAGAU